AUGACCGUUGCCGAGUCGGUUAAGAGCGCCGUUGGACUGGCGGAUACUCCCGCCACCCGCCAGGAGAUGUCCGAUGCUCGUCUGCCUAUUCAGUACCGCGACUCUUGUGGACACCUCCUCAUCCCAUUGAACCGAUGCCGGCAGCAGGAGUACUACCUUCCUUGGAAGUGCGAGGAUGAGAGACACAGCUACGAGAAGUGUCAGUAUGAAGAAUUCAAGAAGCGUGUUGCCAAGAUGGACGAGCUGCGAGCUGCUAAGAACAGUGCCCGGAGCAAUUGA